CUACAUUAUAGUAUCAUCUUGCAACAUUAAAAGAAGAUAUAUUCAUCCUAACUAUGGUACAUGUCUUCUGCGGCUCGUACCUUAGAUAGUACGAUUGAGGCCUUCUCAUGAACUAUUUCUCAUUGAGCAAGGUCGCUGCAUGACUUCUUGACCCAUCACUAUCUAGCUUUGACCUCGUAGUCACUUGGUUGGUCGGCUUUUUAUUGUUGAGAAUAUAGGCAGCUGCUGCAUCCUCUUCUUCAUCAUGAGCGACAAAUCCAAGAACUCUGCUUAUUUAGCAGAAUACUACGAUCUACAGGCCAAGGCGGAUGUCAAGACCUUGAACGCCCAAGAUGAUGCCAAAAUCUACCUAUCGGCCCUGAAGAAGCAGGUGGAAUCCUACUAUCCUCUUGAUCAUCACGGUGAACAUCUUGUCGUCCUGGACGUCUGUACAGGAACCGGGCGUGUGCUGGCCAACCUCGCCACCGAUGGCGUUCGGGACAACAUUCCUCUAUCCAAUGUCGAAUUUAUCGGGGUUGAUAAGGAACCUUCGAUGAUCCAUCGUGCAUUGGCAGUACAGCAGGAGACGCCGAGCAUGUCGCACGUCGGUCGCAUUGAUUGGCUAGUCGGAGAAGCCCUCCAUUUAAUCUCAGCAGAACUGCUAGAAACCCAUAUCAAUCAGGUUGAUUUACUCCUGUCCGCGGCUGGCAGCGUCAGUCUUCUUACCAGGCCAGGGGAGCUCUUGAGGUUUCUCGCUCAGGCUGCUGCACUGCUUCGACCACGAUCAGGGCGUUUCUAUCUAUCUGUAAGGAGAGAUCUAUUAUCGACGCAAUCUACGACAGAUCCAAUGAGCGAAAAUGCGACAUAUACAGGGUUGUGCGAACGGCGUGAAUUCCCGAGUGGGCUCUAUGAGAAUAUUGUUUACAGGCAACUGCCGAUUGGAAGUCCGACCGUAGAAGGGUCAAUCAAAAAGACUCCCUACCAGCUACAAGUAAUCAAGUGGACUAAAGCCGAUCAUGAAGAAGUGAUCGAAGAGAGCCAUAUUGAAUCCGUGCAAAAGAUCUGGGAAGAGCCGGAACUUUUAAAAUGCUCUAAGGAGGCGGGUCUGGAGUUUGUCGAAACCAUUCAUACUUUACAUGAGACGUAUUAUGUUUUGAAGCAGGCUGGAUGAUCCGCCUUUGCUCUGGGAGUAUGAAAGGCCGUUAUUUCUUUUUCUUCUGAUAACUCCUUCACAGCACGGUGUGCCCUUUCCUCUUUCCUGUAUCUCUCAUGGGUUCGCAAAACCCGACUUCAACACUACGGACACCACUUACUUAUGCUAAUCUCGCUAGCUUCAUUGAUGAUAUUGGCGCAGGUUCGAUUGAGGUCCUUGUUGUACUUGCUUAGUGCCGAAAUUGCUACUUAUGUUUACGAUGAAGCCGCCGAGUCGGUGAUUACCGGAAUUGGACAUGUGGAGGGCUUCGGAUGCUCUU